GGCUCCGACCAGUUCGAGUGGGUGUCGACCGACGAGCUCCUCAGCACAGUGUGCGGCAGCGACGGCCAGGUGUGGGUGCAGGGGCGCGGGCGCGCGACGCUGGCCAAGGGCCCGCGGGGCCACGCCGAACACUUCGUGGAGGGCGAGGCGCUGGAGCUGUCACAGCUGCAGUGGAGGCGCCCGAAGCUGCGCCGGCUCCUGCUGCGCGACGAGGAACGCCUGGGCCUCCGCGGGUUCGUGUCCGGGUACGGCCCAGCGCGGCGCUGGGACGCCUUCGUCACGCGGCAGGUCGAGCUUGCCCCCGUGCACGGCAGGUGGCACCACGUGCUCGCCUACCCGCUGGGCGGGGAUUUCACCAAGGCGCUCCUGCGGCCCUCCGAGAGGGGGUGGACCGCCGCGCAGCGGGAGGCGGCCGCCGGGGCGCUGCGGUACCUGGGCGAGACGCUGGCCUCGCAGUGCGCCAAG